CCCACCAGCCUGGGACUGAGGAAUUUGUUCUGAAUGUAUGGAAACCACCUGUGGGGGUCUGUACAUAAAAGAGGCCUGUUUUCAAUAAAGAUUGUCAGAGUUGUACCUCCAGAACAGUGUCUCGUCCAGUUCCUGGGGGGAAAUGGGUCUUCUUGUAUUUUAAAUGGUUCCUGAUCGGCUGAAGGAAGGGAAUUAGCGGAGGUAACCGGUUGUGUUACCAGGUGGACCGCUACAUUAUACUUGUCUUUUUUCCAGUGUAGACUCCCUAUGCAGUUAAGUUACACAUGUGUAAUGUUAUUAUUGGAUGUUAUUGUACCUGCUUUUCAUUCACAAUGCCAUUUUGAUGCAUUAUAUUGUCUCAGUAAAAUAACAUUAAUAAAACAAAACAGGAAGAGAGAUCACUGCUUAAGUAACCACCUGAGACAUCUAUAGCUAGCCUGGUAAGUCCACAGCAGUUAAGAAAAUGUUCUAAUUUUAAGUGUUUUCUUUCCAGUAGAUGGUUCCAUAAACAGAAAUGAAAUCAGUGGAUUGUACACUUCAGUUUCUUCUCCGGAUUAUGUAACCGAAGAUAACGAAAUCACAAGUAAUCGAAAAAUAAACUGUGUGGCAGUCAGUACACCAGGCAGUAAAUCUUUGAGUCAUGAUACUGCAGAAUCCGAGGUAGUUCAUCUCAGAGACAUUAAUACGCCCAUAGAACAUAUACAGACUGAAGAUCCAUCUACUCAUAUUAAGGAGGAAUCAGACUCGUGUGAGGAAGGGAAUCUCCCAGACACAGACAUUUACACACCCACAGAAGAUGCACAGAUAGAAUAUUCAUCUACUCAUAUUAAGGAGGAAUCUGACUCAUGCGAGGAAGGAAGUCUCGCAGACACAGACUUGUAUACAGCCACAGAAGAUGCACAGAUAGAAUAUACAUCUACUCAUAUUAAGGAGGAAUCAGACUCGUGUGAGGAAGGAAAUCUCCCAGACACAGACAUUUACACACCCACAGAAGAUGCACAGAUAGAAUAUCCAUCUACUCAUAUUAAGGAGGAAUCAGUCUCAUUGGAAGAAACAAAUGUUGCUGAAGCUACCAUUUAUCCAAUCAAUAGCGCUAUACAAAUGGAUUAUACAACAAAGUGUGAAACCGCAUCAAAUGAAAAACAAAUUCUCAUAAGCAAUAAUAUUUAUACAGGCACAGACCAUACAGAGGCAGAAUAUUCAACUAACCUUAUUAAGGAAGAAUCUUUGUCAUGUGAAGCCAGCACUCUCACCAGCUCCGAGGUUUAUACACCCACAGAAAAUAAACAUCUAGGCUAUACAUCAAAUAAUGAAUCAACCUCACAUAAACAAGGAAAUCUCAGAGAAUCUGACAGUUAUACACCCAGAGAAUAUACACAGACAGAGUAUCUAUCUACUCAUGUUAAGGAAGAAUCCGAUUCAUAUCAAGAUGUAAAUCUCACCAUCUUAGACCUUCUUACCCCCACUCAUCAUACUGAAACGCAAAACAAAGGAAAUAGUAACUGCUUUGAUGGUGCUAAGGUUUCAUCUACCAAUCCAGAGCUUGUUAAACAGAAGAGUGUCAACAAAGGAACUACAUUGACCAGUACAGAUUACAUUGGACAUAAGUGGUUUAAGCAGAAACCACAUCUUCUCACACGUAAGAGAACUCACAAAGAGAAUAUAUUUUUUUGUUCUGAAUGUGGGAAAUAUUUUGCUAAAAUGUCACGUCUUCAGAUACAUAUGAGGAUUCACACAGGAGAGAAAUCAUUUUCUUGUUCUGAAUGUGGGAAACGCUUUCCUCAAAUGUCAUAUCUUAAGAGGCAUGUGAAGAUUCAUUCAGCUGAGAAACCAUUUUCUUGUUCUGAAUGCCUAAAGUGUUUUGCUCUUAUGUCAAUGCUUAAGAAACAUCAGAGGAUUCACACAGGAGAGAAACCAUUUUCUUGUUCUGAAUGUGGGAAACGCUUUCCUCAAAUGUCAUAUCUUAAGAGGCAUAUGAAGAUUCAUUCAGCUGAGAAACCAUUUUCUUGUUCUGAAUGCCUGAAGUGUUUUGCUCUCAAGUCAACUCUGAAGAAACAUCAGAGGAUUCACACAGGAGAGAAACCAUUUUCUUGUUCUGAAUGCCUGAAGUGUUUUGCUCUCAAGUCAACUCUUAAGGUACAUCAGAGGAUUCACACAGGAGAAAAACCAUUUUCUUGUUCUGAAUGUGGGAAAUGUUUCACUGAUACUUCAAAUCUUAAGAUUCAUCAAAAGAGUCACACAGGAGACAAACCAUUUUCUUGUUCUGAAUGCCAGAAAUGUUUUGCUCGCAAGUCAGCUCUUAAGAGACAUCAGAUUAUUCACACAGGAGAGAAACCAUUUUCUUGUUCUGAAUGUGGGAAAUGUUUCACUGAUAUUUCAACUCUUAAGACUCAUCAGAGGAUUCACACAGGAGACAAACCAUUUUCUUGUUCUGAAUGUUGGAAAUGUUUCACUGAUAUUUCAACUCUUAAGACUCAUCAGAGGAUUCACACAGGAGACAAACCAUUUUCUUGUUCUGAAUGCCUGAAGUGUUUUGCUCACAAGUCAACUCUUAAGAAACAUCAGAUGAUUCACACAGGAGAGAAACCAUUUUCCUGUUUUGAAUGUGGGAAGUGUUUCAGACAGCGUUCAAAUCUUCACUCACAUAAGGUGAUCCAUACAAGAAUUCAUCCUCUUGUUUAGAACAUAGAAAACCUUUUUGUAAACUUAAUACUUCUAUGUCAGAGGAUUCAUACAGAUUGUAGUAAAUGUAUGAAAUGAAUAAUAAAAAUAAUUACUUAAAAACCUAGUGUAAACCCAGAGUCCACACUCCUUGCUUUUGGCAAUUCAAUAAUAUUUAUUAAGAGAGGCUUAUCAAACUAAUAAACAAUACAUAUACUUUUGAAAUAGGCUAUUAUAUGUUGCUAUGAAAAAUAGUAAUUGAUUGAAUGGAAAGUAAACUAUAUUAACAUAAUGAAAUGGGCAUAGACGCGUGAUACAGUUACCACUCCAUUGAUCAUCAGCUGAGAGUAAGAGGGUGUGUAUAAUGGGGAGGGAGAAUAGAGAGAGAGAGAGAGAGGGUGAGGAGAGGAAAUUCAAAGCGAGAGAGAAUGUGUUAUUUACAGCCCUUCCUUCUGCUGGACACACCUCCCUUAGUCAAUCCCUUAGAAUCUAACAGAACCAGAUUGCAUCCUGGAAGACAAGGGAUUGCUCUGGAAGGGAAUGGGGGAGGAGUUUAUCAACAACCUAACUGGUUUUGCAUGGUGAAAGGCCAUGUGCCUCACAGAGCACUCCAUUAUUGCCUAAGGGUAGAAUGGGGCUUAAACCCCUGUAUUAGAACAUAAUAACACUUACUUUGCAUACAGUUGGGCUGUUAAUCAGUCCCCCCACUUAUUCCUAGUAAAUUUCAAAUCUAAAGGGAGACUGUAAGCAUUCUAACAAUUUCAUCUGACAUGAGUUGGUUAUAGUGCCUGCAGUCUCUUAGCAUUGUCCUUUAAUUCAGUGUAUAUAAGUAUUUUAUGAGCGGUUUAACACUAACGAAUAGUCCCUGGUCACCCACAGACUGCUGUCAUCCUCACAUGCAGAAGGUAGGGAUAGCCAUACCAAUUCAUACCAGCAAAGUCCAAUGUAAUAUGCAGUCCGCUGACACAUUCAGCCAAUUCAAAAGCAAAACGAGAUUGGCUGCCCGAGACUGUCAAAUGGUUUAACAAUGAAUGGAAUGGUGGUGCCAGGGUACUACAGACACUAUAAAAACUUUGACAUGAAUCAGUCAUAGUGCGUAGAUUGUCCCUUCAAGGUAAAAAUAGCUGAAUUGAUCAGAUUUCAUAAGUCCGCUAUGCUUUCAGUUUGGGUACUGUGGCCUUUAAUAUGAAAGUCACUUUGAAUUCUCCCUGUAGUAAAAAACAAAACAAAAAAACACAUGUUAGUGUUCUUAAAUUUAUACAAAGCUAAAGUAAAAACUAAAAUAUUACCCAACUCUUAAUCUAAACCGAAUAUCUUUACAUAGGGGAAGUUACCAGUUAUUUCUUCCCCCCCCACCCCUCCAUUCAAAUACUGCUAAAUAAAACGGUUCUUUCUGGCUAAUCCAGUGACUGUCAGAGAAACACUGAGAGACUUGAUGCAUAUAUUGCCAUCACCUCACUGUGUCUGCAAUGUUUGUCUAUAGGAAACCCUCACCACAAACCUAAAUUAUUAAAUAAAAUGGAGAUAUGAUAAGGUGCUAUACACACACCAUAUAAGAUACCCUGGAAUGCCUACUUUUCCCAGCAGAAAGGCAAGGUGCAUGUAAAAAAAAAAGGGAAAUAAACUGGUGAAAACAGAAAUUUUACCAUAAAUUCCUUAAUAUAUUGGCACUAUACAGGGAGUGCAGAAUUAUUAGGCAAGUUGUAUUUUUGAGGAUUCAUUUUAUUAUUGAACAACAACCAUGUUCUCAAUGAACCCAAAAAACUCAUUAAUAUCAAAGCUGAAUAUUUUUG